GUCCCACGGCCCCGACGCCAAGAUGCUGGAGCAGGGGCGGGGGCAGCCCCGCGCGCCGCUGACGCUGAGCCACAUGCUGCAGAUCGCCACGCAGAUCGCCUCCGGCAUGGUCUACCUCGCCUCCCUCCACUUCGUUCACCGGGACCUGGCCACCCGCAACUGCCUGGUGGGCCACGACCUGGUGGUGAAGAUCGGGGAUUUCGGCAUGUCCCGGGACAUCUACAGCACCGACUAUUACCGGGUGGGGGGCAGGACCAUGCUGCCCAUCCGCUGGAUGCCCCCCGAGAGCAUCCUCUACCGCAAAUUCACCACCGAGAGCGAUAUCUGGAGCUUCGGCGUGGUGCUCUGGGAGAUUUUCACCUACGGGAAGCAGCCCUGGUACCAGCUCUCCAACGCCGAG